AUGGCCACAGUUUGGACACUGCAAUUUCGCUCGCUUUCUCUUCGUCCAUGCUCCUUCAUUAGUAGCAGUAGCAGUAACGGUAUCAUCACCGCUAGAAAUCGCAUUGUUAUCAGAAAUGGGAUCUCCAAAUGGCGCUCCCGCACCCAGCAACUAAAAAACGAUUCCAUCAAUUCCAUUACCAAAUUUCACCAUCAACUCGUUCAUUCCGUCACUAUCCCCUCCUUCCUGCUAAAUCGAAACGGGGGAACCAAUUUUCUGAUCUGGAUAUGUGUUGCGGUUGUGGUUUUGGUUGGAACAUUGAAGGUCGUGUUCAGAAAAAAAGAGCGUCCUGGUUCCGUGGCUGAUCUAGUAAGACGUGGCCAACUCAGAUCUGAUAGAAGAGGCAUUUCAAGGCCUCUCAAGUACGAAGACCCGUUCAAUAAUCCUUUUGUCAAGCUUGGCAAAAGCAACUCAACUGUUGAGAUGUGUGGAAAAGUUUACCGCUUAGCCCCUGUUACACUUACUGACGAGCAGCAGGCUACUCACCAGAGGAGGAGGAUGCGUGCAUAUCAGUGGAAGCGACCCACCAUUUUCCUUAGAGAAGGGGACUCAGUCCCUCCGGAUGUGGAUCCUGAUACUGUCAGGUGGAUUCCGGAUAAUCAUCCUUUUGCUACCACUGCUACUGAUCUGGAUGAGGACUUGGCACAGAACAAUGUGUAUCAAAAGCAUGGAGUUCCUUUCCGGAUUCAAGCGGAACAUGAAGCCCUGCAGAAAAAGCUCGAAGCCCUACAAAAUGACCAGAAACUCGAUAAACUAGUGAUAGAUCCUAUCAAUGCUAAAGAAUUUGAGAGGCCAUUCAACUCCCACACCAGAUUAAAUGAUCAAGCAGAGAAGAGCGCUGUAAACAAUCAGGAGCAAAAAAUCAGUAAACUAGUAAUAGAUCCUAUCAAUGCCAAAGAAAAUGAGAGGCCAUUCAACUCCCAUACCAGAUCAAAUGACCAAGCAGAGAAGGGCUCUGUAAACAAUGAAAUGAGUGAAUCUGAAUCCCCUAAAAUAGAUAGUGGGCCAAAUCACUUUGGAAGUGCAUCAUCGGAAGAUCCAACUCUUUAG